AUGGCAACUCAAUAUAUUACAAAAAUAGGUGAUGAUAUCUUGAACACCUACGCCUCUUCAUUUGAUGUGUCAACCUCAGCUCAAGCGACGGCGACGACGACAGCACAUCCACCCGCUGGUGAUUCUGGAAAAUCCCGUUCAUCAAGGUCUUCAGGCACAAUUGCAGGUGGUGUUGUUGGGGCCGUUGCAGGCUGUGCUUGUAUUGGAGCCGGUGCCAUCCUAUUUCUGAGAAAGAAGAAGAAGUCGCGCCAGCAAGAUCAGUCGAACGAACUCGGACAAAACGGGUACCAGUCUGUUCCAGAAGACCAGUCUAGUCAAAACGAUCGGAAAUUACAUGCGGAGGUCGAGGCCAACGACCCACGUCAGAAGAUUGCGGAGGUCGAAGCAAGCGACCCACGUCAGAAGAUUGCGGAGGUCCCUGGAGAUAGCUCUCACAAUGUACCACAGGAAGUUGGCUCAAAGACCUUUAUUGCCGAGUUACCUGCUGACAGGAAAUGGUGA